UUUUGAAGUACAUAGAGGAAUUCAACAUCCGGCAUCUGAUUUGAAGAAACACAUAUUCCGUGCAUUAACUACUGCAUUCUGAGAUGAUGACAAUAGCCACGUGGUGGCGCUGCAGACUAAGAAGACACAGAAAAGAUCGGCGGAUACGCCAUUUCCCAGACAGACAAGCCUGAAUCAGUCAAGAAGGGGAAAAGAAGCUUUCUUAGCUGGAACAAUAGGAAGGGUUCGGAGCUUUCAUAUUUCUGAGAUACCAGCGAGACGGCCUAAAGUGGUAACCUCUGGUGACCAUUUGCAAUCGAGCUGGGCUACACAGGCUGAGAGGAGGGGGCGAAAGGAAGAAUGGAACGAGAAGGAGCAAUGAUUCCGCAACAAAGGCAAGUUCUCUUUCUCCUUGUUCUGCUGGGUGUGUCUGGGGCGGCCUCAGAGCCGCAGCAGUUUUCAGUAGUGGAGGAGAUGGAGAGAGGCUCCUUUGUGGCCAAUGUGGCAAAGGCCCUGGGCCUGGAGGUGGGGGAGCUGUCAAACCGGGGGGCCAGAGUCGUUUUCAAAGGGAACAAAGAUUAUUUGCAGCUGAACCAUAGAACUGGGGAUCUGCGCCUGAGAGAGAAACUGGAUCGGGAGGAGCUGUGCGGCCCCGCCGAGCCUUGUGUGCUACAUUUUAAGGUCUUACUAGAAAACCCCUUUCAAAUUGUUCUGGUGGAAUUAAGGGUACAAGACAUUAAUGAUCAUUCACCAGUGUUCUUGGAAACUGAGAUGCUCCUAAAAAUCUCGGAGAGCACUUCUCCCGGGACUGUAUUUGUACUAGAAAAUGCACAGGAUUUAGACGUAGGAAACAACAGUAUCCAGAACUAUACAAUCAGUCCCAAUUCCCUUUUCCAUGUUCAAAUUCGAGAGAGCAGUGAGGGCAGGAGAUACCCCGAGCUUGUACUGGAUGAGCCAUUGGAUCGGGAGAAGCAAUCUGAGGUCACUUUAACUCUCACUGCAGUGGAUGGGGGAGUCCCACCAAGGUCUGGAAUUGCCCAAGUCCGAGUCGUUGUAGUGGAUAUCAAUGACAAUGCCCCCGUGUUUGCUCAGCUCCGUUAUGAAGUUCAGAUCCUGGAGAACACUUCCAUUGGAUCCAGGGUUGUCACAGUAUCAGCCACAGACUUAGACGCAGGAAAUUAUGGAGAAAUAUCUUACACAUUUUUGCAUGCCUCUGAAAACAUUCGAAACACUUUUCACCUUACAGAGGAAUUGGGGGAACUUUAUCUAAGGGAAAAAGUGGAUUUUGAGUUGACUCAAUCUUACACUAUAAAUAUUCAGGCCACAGAUGGUGGAGGUCUUUCGGCAGAAUGUACUGUUGUUGUCCAGGUGAUAGAUCUGAAUGAUAAUCCUCCAGAGCUGACUGUAUCUUCACUUACUAGUCCCAUCCCAGAGAAUUCUCCCAAGACUGUGGUGGCUGUUUUCAGUGUUUCAGAUCUUGACUCUGGAGAAAAUGGAAAGAUGAUUUGCUUCAUCCAAGAUGAUCUUCCUUUUGCCCUGAAACCUUCCGUUGAAAACUUCUACACAUUGGUAACAGAGGGAGCACUGGACAGAGAGAGCAGGGCUGAGUACAAUAUCACUAUAACAGUCAUGGAUUUGGGAUCCCCCAGGCUCAAAUCUGAGCACAAUAUCGCUGUGCUCAUCUCCGAUGUCAAUGAUAACCCUCCCAUGUUUUCUCAGAGAGCCUACAAACUGUACCUCCAGGAGAACAACAGCCCUGCCCUACACAUUGGCAGUGUCAGUGCCAGUGACAGAGACUCAGGAAUCAAUGCCAAAGUCACCUACUCCCUGCUGCCUCCAGAGACUGGAGAACUGCCCCUCUUCUCCUACAUCUCCAUCAACUCAGACAAUGGCCAUCUCUAUGCUCUGAGAUCCCUGGAUUAUGAAGCUAUCCAAGGUUUCCAGUUCACUGUGAGGGCAGCUGAUGGUGGUUCCCCAUCUCUGAGCAGCCAGGUUCUGGUUCAGGUUUUGGUAGAAGAUGAGAAUGACAACUCUCCCUUUGUGCUGUACCCCUUGCAGAAUGGCACAACUCCCUGCAAUGACCUGGUGCCCAGAGCUGCAGAGUUAGGUUACCUGGUGACCAAGGUGGUGGCUGUGGAUAGGGACUGGGGACAGAAUUCCUGGCUUUCCUACCAGCUGCUCAAGGCCACAGACCCAGGACUCUUCACUUUGUGGGCCCACAAUGGGGAAGUUCGAACAGCAAGGCCCAUCAGUGACAGAGAUGCCAUCAAGCAGAGGCUCCUGGUGUUGGUGAAGGACAAUGGACAGCCACCUCUAUCCACAAUGGCCACACUGAAUGUGCUCCUGGUGGAUGGCUUCUCUGAGCCUUACCUGCAACUCCCAGAUGCAUCUAAGGAGCAGGUCCAGAAUGACUCCUUUACUAACUAUCUAGUCAUUUCCCUGGCCUGUGUGUCCUUUCUCUUUCUGGUCUCUGUUAUUAUGUUCAUUGCCAUUCGCCUGUGGAAGAGGAAGAAGGACACCACCGACAUUAGUCGCUUCUCUUCCAAUGGCCCCUUCCCAGGACACUUGGUGGAUGUCAGCAGGACAGGGACCCUGUCCCAGAGUUACCAGUAUGAGGCGUGUCUGGCCAGUGGCUCAGGGACCACUGAAUUUAAGUUCCUGAAGCCGAUUGUUCCCAUCCUUCCUACUUCAGAGGGAAAUGAGAACUCGAUUCAAAACUUAGCCUCAAGGAAUAGUUUUUGCUUCAAUUAGAGUUUGACAUGUGCUUCAAUGCAUAGAGGCCAGGUUUUAUGGCUUCUUUCCCUUCUCCUCCCAUUAGUUACCUGUCUUCUUGUAGCAUGAAAAAGUAGAUUUUUGUAGUGUUACAUUGUCUCAUAAUGUAUUUAUCUUCUCUUUCCCCCUCUACACACACAUUUUCCUUCUUUCCCCUGCAUCCUUUCCCUGUAAAUCUUUCCUUUCUCCUUUUGUUCUCCUUGGGUCUUUGAUUUUUCUCCCAGUUACUCUAUUGCUGUUCUUUUUGAAAUGAGUGAACCAUCAUAUAUUCCCUUUCUCAUUUAAAACUUAAAUUUUUAACAUUCCUCAGUCAGAUAAUUCAGCAAAAUUUUUUCCCUGUAUUCCAAACUGAUUAUGAUUCCAUGCUCUCAGCCAGAGUAUCCAAUCUUGUGUCACCUACAAUGGAAUGUUUUCCAAGAUUUUUCCAAGAGUUCAUUCUCAUUAUGUCAAUGGAAAUAAUUGUGGUUCUGUGGAAGCACAAUUUAGGCAUCUGUUCUGACCUUCUUGGGGAUUUUUUUCCCUCUAAUUUACCUGCCCUCCUUUUAAGUGAAACAUCUUCAGAGAAUGGUAAUGACCUUGUAACCUACUAGCUGUGACCCCUAGAAUUUUUAAAUUACCCAGGUACUUAAAAAAAAAAAUAAGAUACAAGGUAUUUCCUUGUAUUUUGUUUUUAAAUAGUGCAUAGACCUUACUGAAAAUGUUCUUAUUUGUGAUUUCUGAUGUCAAUCCCCUAGGUCAUGCCUAGUUUUGGGAAAUAACAAGGACUAAUAAAGAACACUAAUAUAUUGGUGGAAAAAAUUGGCUAGAAUAUAUCAUUAUGAAGGUACUAAAGACAGUUGUAUGGUAAAAUUUUGUGAAGAAAGAAUAUAUAGUGGAUUGAAGACAAUUGUGAAAUACUAAAUGCAAACUUCUGACUGCUGAAUAUUCCAAUGACAUUGCACAUUAGUGAUAACUUCUAAUCUUUAAAUGUCCUUGAUAUGAAUUUCAAGAAGUGGAGUCGUGCCUGUUGUUAUGGCUUUGUAAAAUCAUUCUUUGUGAACUACUUUGUAUAUGUUUGUGCCACUUUUUGCCUUCAAUCCCAUAGAUUUGAAUUUUUACAUCCUUUAGAAGGCCAAGCCAUUUAUCUCACAGGUUUGUGGUGAGGUUUAAUGACAUAAUAUUUGUAAAGAUCUUAGCACAGUGCCUGGCACAUAAUAAGUAUUAACUAAAUGCUUGUUCCUUUCCCUCCUUGAGGCCUGAAAAUAAGUUUAAAUAAAUAUGUCUUUGUUUUCCCUUAUGGUUAUUUAAAUCAUUUUCCAGUUUGAGUAACAUACCCUUUCAUGAGUGUCACCAUCUUGGACAAAGUGUGUACUUUCAUAAUAUCUGCCUGAGGUCUUUGAAAAGUUUCAUCCAUAGCCAUUCUGAAUUUUAUCACAGAAUAUCUGAACUGGAAGGGUCUUCACAAGCCUUUCAACUCAGUUUCUUUUCAAUCAAUGUUCAAUUUUGAAGAAAUGUCAUUUCUGGUAUACUUUUACUUUUCAUACCAGAUAUGAU